GUAAAUAGGAUUUCGAAAUACGAAUUAAAAUUAAUCGGGCGUUGGGAUAGACAUUCAGAAGCGUGUUAAAUUAAUGAUGUUUAAAUACAAAUUAUUAUUAUUCAUAAUAGUCUCAAAUAAAGUGCCACAAAGCAACUGUCAUUAAAAGAUUUAAUUUGAGACAAAUUAUUGUUAACUGAUGACUAAGGAUAAAGUGGAAAAAUUUUAUUAUUUAAACAGAGUAAAAGUAUUGUGAAGAACUACACGAUUUAACAUUAUUAUAAGAACAUGAUUCAUAGGAAUAUUAAACAGACAAAUUAUGAGUUAUUUGAAGAUUAUUUUUCAGUGGCACGUUUUAAUACUAAAUGCGUAGUAUUGUUAAAUAUAUUUUUAGUGGAAUUUUUUAAAAAACAUUACCUGGUGCGGAAAGACCUUUAUAGGAUAAAUUAAUUAAUUCAUGAUAGAAUUCGAUAUUUUCUAUAAAAUUAUCAAAACCAUCAAAAUAUUUUUGUAGCUGGCAUAAGUUUUUUCAACAUCAUCAUCAUUAUCUUAACAAUACGAUUAUGCAACCUUUUUUUAUUAUUUGUCAUUGGUGUUAGACAGCAACAUAAACUUCUAGCUAAACAAAGAUAGCGAUUAUCAUGACUGAUAAAUCUGUUUCACAUAAAAAUCUAAUCGUAUAAAUACUUUGUAACGAACAUGUUAUUUUCAAUUCGACUGAAUAAGUUGACCAGUCAGUUUUAAAUUGAAAACAACCGAUAUUUGUAUUUUGGAGUAAUCAUCAGUGAAAUCAAUCCCAAAAUGGCAUACAAAUUUUUCAAUAUAACUGUGCUAUUCCUAAGCUUGAUGAUUGUUGGAACAAUAAUAGCAUCUCCUGUCGAUCAUUCUAAGAAAAAUGUUGAAAACUUACUCCUAAAUAUUGUUUUGGAUUCAAUGAAUAAUCAACACAGUAAUCAUAGUUUUCUGUGUGGAACCUUGUUAAACGUUGAGCAAGUUUCGGUUAAAGAUGAUUCUUUAAUGUACAACGUAUCAGUCCUACUGGUACCUGAUUGUGACAUGUGUUCACGACUAAAAUGUCACAUGCUUGUCAAAGAAAAUGUAUCUUCCUCUGAUUUUACUGUUUAUGAGCAAUCAAAAGAGUGUUAUGAUUACGAAGAAAAAAAAGGACCUACUGAAAUUGAUGUUAAUGAUCAAAAAAUUCAAAAGUUCGUGAAUGAAGGUAGAAACAAACUUGAUGAAUACAAGACAUCCGAUAAACCAUUCAUCACUACCAUGGUCAAUGCAACAAAAGAAGAUCUUUCUGAUAAAAUUAAAUACGUCAUUUACUUUACUCUAGUUGAACCUACCUGUGUUACUGUAGAAAUUAGAACUUCAUGUUCAAUACAAGAUGAUAGUCUUGCCAGAUUAUGCACAGUUAUUGUUGAGGAACAACAUAAAUUUAAGUUUACUAUCAGAAACAUUGAUGCUACUUGUGAAAAGGAACAACAUCCUCUAGACGCAUUGAUGCAACUUGUGAAAAAGAACAACGUAUUAUAAUGCGUUAGAAAAAAGAUUUUUUUCAUAACCAAACAUUGAACCAAUCUUGUUGUUCAAUUUAAAAAAUUUUUAAUAUUUCAAUGCUAAAUUUGAGUUUAUAUAAAU